GGAGGGGAGACGGCGCCCGGGCCCUGCCACUGCCCGCAGCUUCCCGGCGCCGGGAGAAGAACGCGGGGGCGCAGCCCGCGGGCCCCGGGGUCCCCAGGCCUCCCCCCAACCCCGCCGACCUCGCCCCUCCGUGCAGUCCUCCCAGGGCUCCCCGCGGAGACGCGUCUCCUGGACCCCAGCCCGUCCACCAUGGGCAGCCCCGAGGGCCGCUUCCACUUCGCCAUUGACCGCGGCGGCACCUUCACCGACGUCUUCGCCCAGUGCCCGGGCGGGCACGUGCGCGUCCUGAAGCUGCUGUCCGAAGACCCCGCCAACUACACCGAUGCCCCCACCGAGGGCAUCCGCCGCAUCCUGGAGCAGGAGGGGGGCGCGCUGCUGCCCCGGGACCGGCCGCUGGACACCAGCCGCAUUGCCAGCAUCCGCAUGGGCACCACCGUGGCCACCAACGCGCUGCUGGAGAGGCGGGGGGAGCGUGUGGCGCUGCUGGUGACGCAGGGCUUCCGGGACCUGCUGCACGUGGGCACCCAGGCCCGCCAGGACCUCUUUGACCUGGCGGUGCCUAUGCCCGAAGUGCUGUACGAAGAGGUGCUGGAGGUGGAUGAGCGCGUGGUGCUGUAUCGUGGGGAGUCGGGCGCUGGGACGCCCCGCAAAGGCUGCACCGGGGCCCUGCUGGACGUACAGCAGCCCGUGGACCUGGGCACCCUGCGCGGGCAGCUGGAGGGGCUGCUGGCCCGCGGCAUCCGCAGCCUGGCUGUGGUGCUCAUGCACUCCUACGCCUGGGCCGGGCACGAGCAGCAGGUGGGUGCGCUGGCCCGGGAGCUGGGCUUCAGCCACGUGUCGCUGUCCUCCGAGGUCAUGCCCAUGGUGCGCAUCGUGCCGCGCGGGCACACGGCCUGCGCCAACGCGUACCUCACACCUGCCAUCCAGCGCUACGUGCAGGGCUUCCGCCGCGGCUUCCGGGGCCAGCUCAAGGACGUGCAGGUGCUGUUCAUGCGCUCAGACGGCGGCCUGGCGCCCAUGGAUGCCUUCAGCGGCUCGCGGGCUGUGCUCUCCGGCCCUGCGGGGGGUGUGGUUGGCUACUCGGCCACCACCUACCAGGCCGAGGGCUGCCAGCCGGUCAUCGGCUUUGACAUGGGAGGCACGUCCACUGACGUGAGCCGCUACGCCGGGGAAUUCGAGCACGUCUUUGAGGCCAGCAUGGCCGGCAUCACCCUGCAGGCCCCCCAGCUGGACAUCAACACGGUGGCAGCUGGAGGAGGCUCCCGUCUCUUCUUCAGGUCGGGCCUCUUCGUGGUCGGGCCCGAGUCUGCAGGAGCCCACCCGGGUCCCGCCUGUUACCGCAAAGGGGGCCCGGUGACAGUGACGGACGCUAACCUGGUCCUGGGCCGCCUGCUGCCAGCCUCCUUCCCCUGCAUUUUUGGGCCGGGAGAGGACCAGCCACUGUCCCCCGAGGCCUCCCGCAAGGCCCUGGAGGCCGUGGCCACCGAGGUGAACAGCUUUCUGGCAAAUGGGCCCUGCCCGGCCUCCCCGCUGAGCCUGGAGGAGGUGGCCAUGGGCUUCGUGCGGGUGGCCAACGAGGCCAUGUGCCGGCCCAUCCGGGCCCUGACGCAGGCCCGAGGCCACGACCCCUCGGCCCACGUGCUGGCCUGCUUCGGGGGCGCCGGCGGGCAGCACGCCUGCGCCAUCGCCCGGGCCCUGGGCAUGGACACCGUGCACAUCCACAGGCACAGCGGGCUGCUCUCGGCGCUGGGGCUGGCCCUGGCGGACGUGGUGCACGAGGCCCAGGAGCCCUGUUCCCUGCCCUACGCGCCCGAGACCUUCGCGCAGCUGGACCAGAGGCUGGGCCGCCUGGAGGAGCAGUGCGUGGCCGCCCUGCAGGCCCAGGGCUUCCCCAGGUCCCAGGUCAGCACCGAGGGCUUCCUGCACCUGCGCUACCAGGGCACCGACUGCGCUCUCAUGGUGUCGGCCCAGCAGCACCCGGCCUCGGCCCGCUCGCCCCGCGCCGGCGACUUCGGGGCCGCCUUCGUGGAGAGGUACAUGAGGGAGUUCGGCUUUGUCAUCCCCGAGCGGCCGGUGGUGGUGGACGACGUGCGAGUGAGGGGAACCGGCCGCAGCGGCCUUUGCCUCAAGGACACCCCCAAAGCCCAGACUGGGCCCCCCCGGGUGGACAAGAUGACCCAGUGCUACUUUGAGGGGGGCUACCAGGAGACCCCCGUGUACCUGUUGGGAGAGCUGGGUCAUGGGCACAAGCUCCAGGGACCCUGCCUCAUCAUUGACAGCAACAGCACCAUCCUGGUGGAGCCUGGCUGCCAGGCAGGAGCUCGGACAACCGGGGACAUCCGCAUCUCGGUGGGAGCCGAGGCUGCCAGCACUGUGAGCACCCAGCUGGACCCCAUCCAGCUGUCCAUCUUCUCGCACCGCUUCAUGAGCAUCGCCGAGCAGAUGGGGCGCAUCCUGCAGCGCACGGCCAUCUCCACCAACAUCAAGGAGCGGCUGGACUUCUCCUGCGCCCUCUUCGGGCCUGACGGCGGGCUGGUCUCCAACGCCCCCCACAUCCCCGUGCACCUGGGGGCCAUGCAGGAGACCGUGCAGUUCCAGAUCCAGCACCUGGGGGCCGACCUCCACCCGGGUGAUGUGCUCCUGAGCAACCACCCCAGAGCGGGGGGCAGCCACCUGCCAGACCUGACCGUCAUCACACCGGUGUUCUGGCCGGGCCAGAUGCAGCCUGUGUUCUACGUGGCUAGCCGGGGGCACCACGCGGAUAUCGGGGGCAUCACGCCGGGCUCCAUGCCCCCCCACUCCACCACGCUGCAGCAGGAGGGUGCCGUCUUCCUGUCCUUCAAGCUUGUCCAGGGGGGCGUCUUCCAGGAGGAGGCGGUGACCGAAGUUCUCCAGGCGCCGGGCAAGAUCCCGGGCUGCAGCGGGACCCGCAACCUCCACGACAACCUGUCAGACCUGCGCGCCCAGGUGGCCGCCAACCAGAAGGGCAUCCAGCUGGUCAGGGAGCUCAUCGGGCAGUAUGGCCUGGAGGUGGUGCAGGCCUACAUGGGCCACAUCCAGGCAAAUGCAGAGCUGGCGGUGCGGGACAUGCUGCGGACUUUUGGGACAGCCCGGCAGGCGCGGGGCCUGCCCUUGGAGGUGUCCGCGGAGGACCACAUGGACGACGGCUCCCCCAUCCGGCUCCACGUGCAGAUCAACCUGAGUCAGGGCAGCGCGGUGUUCGACUUCAGCGGCACCGGCCCGGAGGUGUUCGGCAACCUGAACGCCCCGCGCGCCAUCACGCUGUCGGCGCUCAUCUACUGUCUGCGCUGCCUGGUGGGCCGCGACAUCCCGCUCAACCAGGGUUGCCUGGUGCCGGUGCGAGUCGUGAUUCCUCCAGGCUCCAUCCUCGACCCGUCCCCGGAGGCGGCUGUGGUGGGCGGCAACGUGCUCACCUCCCAGCGCGUGGUGGACGUCAUCCUAGGGGCCUUCGGGGCCUGCGCCGCCUCGCAGGGCUGCAUGAACAACGUGACGCUGGGCAAUGCGCACAUGGGCUACUACGAGACGGUGGCGGGCGGCGCGGGCGCGGGCCCCGGCUGGCACGGGCGCAGCGGCGUGCACAGCCACAUGACCAACACGCGCAUCACCGACCCCGAGAUCCUGGAGAGCCGGUACCCGGUGAUCCUGCGCCGCUUCGAGCUGAGGAGCGGCUCGGGGGGCCGCGGCCGCUUCCGGGGCGGCGACGGCGUCAUCCGCGAGCUGCUGUUUCGCGAGGAGGCGCUGCUGUCGGUGCUGACCGAGCGCCGCGCCUUCCGGCCCUACGGCCUUCACGGGGGCGAGCCCGGCGCCCCCGGCCUCAACCUGCUGAUCCGCAAGGACGGCCGGACGGUGAACCUGGGCGGGAAGACGUCGGUGACCGUGAACCCUGGGGACGUGUUCUGCCUCCACACGCCCGGCGGCGGGGGCUACGGGGACCCGGAAGACCCCGCCCCACCGCCGGGGUCGCCCCCGCAGGCCCCAGCCUUCCCCGAGCGUGGCAGCGUCUACGAGUACCGCCGGGCGCAGGAGGCUGUGUGAAGGCCCCCACAAUAAAGGGCUCCGAAGUCGCCCCCUUCCCCGGCGCGGCGACUCCUGCCGAGCUCCUG